AUGGGCUUGCAACAAUCGAAAGUCGCUUUCGUGACGGGCGCCAAUGGCGUCAGUGGGUAUGCUAUCGUCGAACAUCUGAUUCGGCAGCCCAAGGAAGAAUGGUCUAAGAUCAUCGUCUCGUCGCGAAGACCGCCUCCGACGCCGUGGAUUGACCCCCGGGUUGAGUUCGUGGCGGUGGAUUUCCUGAAUCCAGUCGAGAAGAUCGUUGUGCGAUUGACCAAGAUCUGUGCGGCUGUAACGCACGCGUUCUUCACGUCCUAUGUGCAUUAUAAUGAUUUCAAAAUCCUCCGGGAUCGGAACGUGCCGCUGUUCAGGAACUUCUUGGACACGGUGGAUGCCGUAUGUCCCGCGUUGCAGCGGGUGAGUUUGCAGACGGGUGGGAAGUACUAUGGAGUCCAUCUCGGACCAGUCAAAGUGCCUUUGGAAGAGAAUUUCCCGCGUUAUGACGAUCAGGGAUACAACUUCUAUUACGCCCAAGAGGAUUACCUGCGGGAGGUUCAGAAACGGCGGAACUCCUGGUCAUAUAACGUGAUUCGCCCGAAUGCCAUCAAUGGGUUUGCGCCUCAUGCGAACGGUAUGUCCGAGGCAUUGACAAUCGCCAUCUACAUGCUGAUCUGCCGGGAACUCAAUGAGCCGGCAAACUUCCCGGGAAAUGAGUAUUUCUGGAACUCGAUCGACGACAACUCCUACUCGCCAAGUCUGGCCGAUCUCACCGUGUGGGCUUCGUCGCAGGACCACUGUCGAGACGAAGCGUUCAACCAUGUCAAUGGAGAUGUCUUUGUGUGGAAGUACUUGUGGCAAGACGUGGCGGAGUAUUUUGGCGUAGACGCUCCCGAGCCCACGUUUAAGAAAGCCGCCGGGCAGGCUAAAACACUGAGCAAUGAGAUCGAUAUGAUUGAAUGGGCCAAGGACAAGCGUGGGGUGUGGGAGGCCGUUGUCCAGAAGUAUGGAGGCAAAGUCGAGACUUUUGACUGGGGGACGUGGGGCUUCUUCAACUGGGCGACCGGUAAGUCCUGGUUGACAAUAUCGUCGAUCAACAAGGCGAGGAAGUUUGGCUGGAACCGGCACGACAAGACCUUGGAGACCUGGAUUGAAACGUAUCGGUCGUUUGAGAAUGCGGGUGUUAUUCCCUCUCAUGCGGCCUUGACAUGGGGAAAUUAG